UUUCCAAAAUCCGAGUUUUCCCCCCAUUCGGAUUCCCUAAAUCCGUAACAUAUAAAUUUGUCCACAAAAUUUUAAAAAACUUUAUUUCUGUCCAGGUUUUUUUCUUCGAAUACAUUCAAGGAAAAUAUUCCCACUCGCUCGAUCUCGAUGCCAAUAUUUCCCUUACUACUUUUUUGGUACCUACUAAAUUUGCAGCAAAAAAUUUGCCCGCUUCGAAGAUUUUGAUUAGAACACCCUUUCUAAAGAUGAGCUUAAAUCUCCUCCAGGGCUACUCUUCUUCUUCCGAAGAAGAAGAGCUCAACUAUGACGAUUCCAUUGAUGAGGAAGAUGCCGAAAAAAUCGACCUUUCGUUGAACCGUUAUCAACCCUUGUCGGAACCCAAUCCGCCGUCCGGUUCAUCUUUGCUACCUUCAGCUCUUGAAGCAUUCUCCGAAGUUUCAGGCCCACCGGAAUUCUUGAAUAAUUCGAUUCAAGAAGUUAUUAAAGAUGAAGAUGGACAGAACUGGCGCCACGGUCGUCGCAGGAAGCGCAGGGAUAAGAACGACUUGCCUGCUGGUGCGGUAUUGGAGGCCAAACCUCAGUUAAUAGGAAUUCACGAGAGAGUGAGAAGUGAUGUCGAGGGCAACAUCUCAAUAGCAUCGUCCUCUCAGCCUACAACUGCAAACAAUCCUGAUGGAGAAAAAGUUGUUGAGGUUAAUAGGUUCUGCUUGAAUUGUGGAGUACCCAAAACAUAUUCCAGUUCAAAGGGAACACUCUGCCCGAUCUGUGGGGACACUGAACCCAAGAAGAAGGGAUCUGCUGUUAAAGACAAAGAGAAGUUGAAGAGAAUGAAGGGUCAGUCAUCACAUGCAACUUGGAAAAGCGAGACAGAAAUGCAUCUUAGACAACAGUUUGAUUAGUAUAAUAGAUUUAGUUGUUAGGCUUGAUUCUCUUCUGACCUAUGUUCUUUCUGGGGCAAUCCUAGUGUGCCUGUUCUUUGCAAGAGAAAAAUUUGUUGAAGCAUGAUAUAUCUUUUCGGUUUUUGUAGUGCGUGGGGGAGCUCCACGGUCUACAAAUCAGUCCCGGUUUAACAGAAACUGUGUAAACUUGAUUACUUUUCGGCAUUUUUGCCCUUCUGAGACCCCCAUGAUCUGCAGGAAGUUUACAGCCACUCAAAUUCGAAGGAAUUCUAUCAACAUCUGCUACAUAUGUUUGGGUCGGAUUCCAAAUGAAAUUUAUCAACAUAGGCUUCAUACGUUUCGGUUGUCACAUGUUCGC